CAACGGACAGAUGCUCCUCACAACGCACAGCAGAGACUUCUCCAUAGAGACCAGUCAGGCAGGAGAUACUGGAGGCUAAAGCGGCUGGACAGUGGAUGAACUGACUAGACUGGACAAUGGUCAGAGCACACGCAGGAAAUCAGAAUAGUGAUCCUCAAAAUUUAAGGAGAGUUACAGCAGCCUUGGAGUAGCACUAGGCAGUAAGAGCUGGAGUCGAAGCAGUCUGUUCUCUACGAGUCUACAGUAAGCCCAGUUACACAAAUAAGGGGACAUCACCUGUUGCAGUGUGGGUCUAGGGUAACUUGGAUGUGUGUUAUACGCUGUGGAACACUGAGACAUAGAGAUGACUGGAGACCUCCUGUCUGGGCUUCUGCUCUGUUGCAUAGUGGUGCUGUGUGAAUGUGAGCCAACACAACCGGGGCCAGACAAAGGAGAGAUGGACUCAGGUGAGGGCAGUCUGGUCCAUCAAACAUCAGACUGGGUGUUCCAGCUGGUCAACGUAUCCCUGGACCUCUCCCAGGCAGAGAGCUUCUGCAGCGGCCAGUUCAGCUCCCUCACCACCCUGGGCCAGCCUGAAGAUGAGGAGGGAACCCUGGCGCUCCAGAGGCGGGCAGGCCUGCAUGGACCCAUGUGGGUCAGGGACCCCAACAGACCAAUGAGCAGGCCUCUGGCACUAGCCAAACAGUACAUGCUCUUCCAAGCCCUGAACUUUCCCAGGGAUUCUCAGGAGGGCUACGGUCGUGUCAACAUGAUGUUCCCGGCCCUGCCAGCGGUGAGCGUGUGUGUCCGAGUGCAGUGGGACCCCCAGUGGGACCAGGUGUCCACCAUGUACUCCUACGCCGCACCUGUCUUCACCAAUGAGUUCCAGCUGCGCGGGCAGGUGGACAGAACAGGACGCAUACUGCUGGCGCUCAUUGUCCACGGGCAGCACUUCCCCUACAAGGCCUCCUUCCUCAACGAUGGGGCCUGGCACCACCUCUGUGUUACUUGGCGCAAGGCUGACGGCCACUGGGCCAUCUAUGUGGACGGGGAGAGAGGGGCCAUGGGCUCCAGGACUAACACCCCCAGGGACAUACAUGGAAAGGGCAUACUUAUCCUGGGGCAGGACCAGGACUCAUUUGGAGGGAACUUCACUGAACCCUUCGUAGGGAAUAUCACAGAUCUGAAUGUCUGGGACACAUCCUUGGAGCAGAGGCAGUUCCGUGCCCUGGACGGCUGCUCACCUUUGACUCAGAAAGCUAUCUUUGCCUGGAGUAUUGAAAAUAUGACCCGUCACCCAGUAGUAAAAGAGGUGUCAGCCAAUCUGUUCUGCCCAGGGGUCCACAGGCAGAGGGAGAUGCAGGGCUGCAGGGCUCUAGAGGGCUGGUCUAGCCAACAGCUCCCCUUGUACAGCUCUGCAGACUGCUCCACCACACUCCCCUUCAUCUGCAGGACCAGCAGGGAGCGCUAUGUUAAGAUGAAGGGGUUGAGUGAGUUACAGAGCUCCCAUCCCAGUCCCUUCAUGAACCUCCUCAUGCAGCUCUCCAAUGGAACACAGGGUGUGGAGGGUGUGAUUGGGGAGCAGUCAGGGGGUCAGAUGAGCUGGGGUCAGGUGUCCAGUCUGCUCAACAUGUCCAGGCAGGCCCUGGAAGACACCAAAGAGGGGCUGCAGCCUAGAGACAUGCUGUCCCUGGUCCAACUGCUAGUGCGGUCUGCAGACGUGCCCACAGACAUGGCCACGGAGGGGAACCACAGCCGGGCCACCAACAGCGCUGGGGAGCUCAGCCACACCUUCAUCACUGUGGCUGACAGCAUCAUCAGCCAGGACAACGUCCCCAAGUGGCAGGCCAUCAAACAGGUAGUGAGUGGACCGAUGACUGUGGUCAGGAGUAUUGACCGCAUGGUGACCAGUCUGAGCACUCGGCUGAUGGCAGAAACCGACCAUCUGCUCAUUCACAGCUCCAGCAUCAAGCUGGAGGUCCAGCAGCAGAGUCUGGGAGAGGUAUCCAGUGGGUCUAAGUUCUGUGGGCCAGUGGUGGACAGCAACACCAACAUAGACUGCAUCUCAGUCCCCACACAGAACAUGCAGGAUCUCCAUGACAACGGCUUCCAGAUGGUGACUGUGGUGAACACGUGGUACAGUUCCCUGCGGCCUCUCUUCAACUCAGAGGAGAACAUCACCAUGUUUCCCAUCGUCACCGAUGGCAUCCAGAGGUACCUGGGCACCAUCCUGGGCUCUUCUGUCAUCUCUACUACAGUCCUGGGUGACGGACAGCCUGUCAGCAUGGCUGUACGCUUCCAGCUCCAACACAGAGCUCAGAAUCCUGUAGGGACCGUGUAUGACCCAGUCUGUGCAUUCUGGGACUUUGAUCUGAUGCCAGAGGCAGGGGGGUGGUGGUCUACUAGAGGAUGUGAGGUCAUCUCUAAACAAUACGACUCCACUGUCUGCUUCUGCAACCACACCACCAACUUUGCCCUGCUGAUGCAAGUCUAUGAAGUCCAGAGGAGUCCAGAGAAUGAAAAAGCCCUCCAGGUGAUGACGUUCAUUGGCUGUGGAGUGUCCCUGUGUGGCCUACUCUUCACCUUCAUCCUCUUCAUUGCUUUAGGAGUUCCUAAGUCUGACCGCACCACUGUCCAUAAGAACCUGAUCGUGGCUCUGGGAAUAGCUGAGCUGCUGCUAAUGUGCAGUGACUGGGCCUCUGCUAACGAGGGGGCAUGUCUGGUGGUGACGGCCCUGCUGCACUUUUUCUUCAUGGCCUCCUUCUCCUGGAUGCUGGUGGAGGGACUGCUGCUGUGGAGUAAGGUGGUGUCUGUCAACAUCAGCGAGGACCGGAGGAUGAAGAUGUACUAUUCCAUCGGCUGGGGUCUACCUGUUGUGAUUGUUGGUGUAACCUUGACGAUAUCCUUGGACAAGUACAAAGCAGACAAUCACUGCUGGCUCAAUGUGGAGACUGAUAUGAUUUGGGCUUUUGUGGGACCUGUUCUAUUUAUCUUGGUUGUCAAUGCAGUGGUGCUUUGCCGGGUAGUCAUAGUGACAGUGUCCAGCGCUCGUCGUCGCGCAAAGAUGCUCACUCCCAGUUCGGCAUCUAAACUCCAUACCUUCGACCUGACCUGGGCUGUGACGCGACCAGUCCUUAUUCUACUGCCAGUGCUGGGCCUUACCUGGCUGUGUGGAGUCCUGGUGCACCUAUCCAUGAUGGUGGCCUAUGUCUUCAUCGCUCUCAAUGCUUUCCAGGGCCUGUACAUAUUCCUGGUGUAUGCGGUUUACAAUAGUGAGGUGAGGAAUGCCAUAAAGAGGAUCAAAGAGAAGAGGAAAGCCUUGUCUUUCACGAACUGUUCCCAGCCAAUCAGCUUUCUGCCGUCCCAGAGGGGUCCAGCCCAGACGUGGACCCACAGUCUGCCACCUCCCUCCAGCCCAGAGACCAGCGACAUCUCAGGCCCCGGCAGCACCACCUCCACCUCACUGGUCAUCAAGAGCGAGAGUUUUGGAAAAGAAAGUAGUUUCUCCUUGAAACCUGCAUCAGGAAACCAGGUGGUUCAACUGACUGCUUUCAAGCCCUCAGGCUGCUGAUGGAAUGUUUGGAAUUGGACACAAAGGCACAUUUAUCAUAUAACCUGGUGGGAAGAAAGCGGAAUUGCACAGUGAAUACCACAAACAGAUACACACAAUAGAUGCAUCCUCUCUCAUACAAAUAUUGUAGAUGAUGUAAAUAGACACACACUCAAAAACUGCACAUAUAGAAUACACACACACACAUAUAUAUAUACACCCCACAUACAGAUUGAAAGACUCAAAGAUGUGCACACACACACACACACACACACACAGAGCGUGUGAAGCAGGAAGCGUUUUUUUAGGGCGACAGCUCCUCCUCCACCACAGUGUCCCAUUCCCAGGGUCAGGAACCAUCUGCUGUUUAGGAAAUCGCUGUUCCAGAGAGGCAACACAACAUUUGUCGUGUGCGUACAGACCUCAGUUUCAUUCUCUUUUGCUGAGUGGCUUAUCACACCUUCAGUCUUUUUUUUACAGUCAUCUUUUUGUGUAUGUGUCAUUUUGGUUUUUACAGACAUAACUAGACAGUAGACGUUACUGUUUUUACAGACAUAACUAGACAGUAGACGUUACUGUUUUUACAGACAUAACUAGACAGUAGACGUUACUGUUUUUACAGACAUAACUAGACAGUAGACGUUACUGUUUUUACAGACAUAACUAAACAGUAGACGUUACUGUUUUUACAGACAUAACUAGACAGUAGACGUUACUGUUUUUACAGACAUAACUAGACAGUAGACGUUACUGUUUUUACAGACAUAACUAGACAGUAGACGUUACUGUUUUUACAGACAUAACUAGACAGUAGAUGUUACUGUUUUUACAGACAUAACUAAACAGUAGACGUUACUGUUUUUACAGACAUAACUAAACAGUAGAUGUUACUGUUUUUACAGACAUAACUAGACAGUAGACGUUACUGUUUUUACAGACAUAACUAGACAGUAGACGUUACUGUUUUUACAGACAUAACUAAACAGUAGACGUUACAAGUUUUACAGACAUAACUAGACAGUAGACGUUACUGUUUUUACAGACGUAACUAAACAGUAGACGUUACUGUUUUUACAGACAUAACUAGACAGUAGACGUUACUGUUUUUACAGACGUAACUAGACAGUAGACGUUACUGUUUUUACAGACGUAACUAGACAGUAGACGUUACUGUUUUUACAGACAUAACUAGACAGUAGACGUUACUGUUUUUACCGACAUAACUAGACAGUAGACAUGACUGUUUUUACAGACAUAACUAGACAGUAGACGUUACUGUUUUUACGGACAUAACUAGACAGUAGACAUGACUGUUUUUACCGACAUAACUAGACAGUAGACGUUACUGUUUUUACCGACAUAACUAGACAGUAGACAUGACUGUUUUUACAGACAUAACUAGACAGUAGACAUGACUGUUUUUACAGACAUAACUAGACAGUAGACAUGACUGUUUUUACAGACAUAACUAGACAGUAGACAUGACUGUUUUUACAGACAUAACUAGACAGUAGACAUGACUGUUUUUACAGACAUAACUAGACAGUAGACAUGACUGUUUUUACAGACAUAACUAGACAGUACACGUUACUGUUUUACAGACAUAACUAGACAGUAGACAUGACUGUUUUUAGAGACAUAACUAGACAGUAAACAUGACUGUUUUUACAGACAUAACUAAACAGUAGACAUCACUGGAAACACUGGAAACUUUGAAUCAAGGAUUAAAGGCCUAUACUACUGUAAGAUAUUAUAUGACCAGACAACAAGAUUGUGUUGUCAGUGUGAGAACGUGGAUAGUAGGAUGACAGAUCCUCUCAUAGAUCAACAGCAUUAUAUAGUAGAGAUAUGCUGCUAACUCACUGUGCACUGUCUGGGCAGCUCAUAAAGAGACUUUAAGAAGCCUAUCACCUGUUGUACAGUACUGUAUCACCAACCAACCACUAUGUGUAUUGGAGGCUGUGCUAGCUACAGCUUGGCUAUCUCCCCAAGCCUUUCCUCCCUCCCCUGCCCUGGCCUAUCCUGACUUACAACAAGCAACAGAAAUCCUGGCCUCUCCCUAUCUCCACUGCAGGAAGGUGCACUCUGAACUGAGACACAUUAUUCAGUACAGCUCAAAUGAUCGCAUGAAACUCUUUAUUGUCCCAAUAGAAGAAUAGGCUGGGCAAAUAUAAUGUACAUUGUCGUUUGAUAUAAUUGUAUUUCUAUACAUAUAUUAUUAUGAGAUGGGGGAAGGUUAUUGUUAGGACAAACACACAACCACACACUUCCACACCUCAUCCCCAGGGGGCAGCAACAACCUGGUUCAAUUGCUUAGCCAGGAAGUCUUGUGGAGCCUUAUGAAGUGUUGAUUGGGCACAGGUGCAAGGAAAUGAGAUUGAGACAGCUAUUAGAGCCGUUAGGCUGAUGUUUUUUCUUGGUAACCAUGUGAGCCCUUGGUUUUGUUUAAAAUCUUUUGCUUGGGAAUGUUUUUAGUUUUUUGCAUAUAUUUAUUUUUGUCACCUCUGAACAAUCAAAAAUCUGCUUGGACUGGCUAACCAAGAGGUCAUGGAGGAGCUGGCCCUAGACCAAAGGUAAGGUUGCUGUCUUCUGGGUACAUGUACAUACAACACAGUCCUUAUACUCUGAUUUCUCACAUAGGUGCACAUCUUAAAUCAGGUUAUAGACCAUGUAACUAGGACUAAGACCCCUAGACUUAGAGUGCAACAGUAUUAGCAGGCUAGUCAAUCGAUUUUGUAACAAUACAUUGUAAGAUUUGUAUGAAAAUGAUAGCUUUUCCAAAGCCCUUAUGCUUCGUUCCUUAAAUGAGUUGUUUAAUUACUGUUAAUGGCCUCCAAUAUUUGCGCUCUUUGUAGCCAUUGGCUGAAAUGUACAUUUACAUAUGCAUUUGUGAAGUAGCACUGACUUGUCAGCCCAAAACCAUAGACUUUCACAUUAAUAUGAAUUGCUUUGUCAUGACUCAUAAAUUGCUACCACUAUCCUGGAUAGCCUCCAGAGUAUUUGAAAAGAAUGUAUUAUGUAUAUAUGACCCCCAUGGUCAUUGAACAACAGCGGGAUGGUUCAAAAGAAAUGGACAGAACAUACGUAGCGCUUUACUUA